AUGGCCGCAGGGCGCCUUCGUGUGGCGGUCUGUCACGUCUCGCCUGUCUGGUUGUCCUCCAGACAAACGACGGAAAAAGCAGUGUCUCUCAUCUAUCAAGCCGCGAAAGUCAACGCCAACCUGGUCGUCUUCCCUGAAACUUUCAUUCCAGCAUUUCCUAUAUGGAGCGCACUACUCCCCCCAACCGAUAAUCAUGCCAUGUUUCAGCGCAUGGCCGCGGAAUCUGUCACUGUAGACAGCCAGGAAGUGCAUGCAGUGCGGGAUGCAGCAAAAGAGAACGGCUUGUUGGUCAGCUUAGGUAUCUCGGAAAAGGUCGACUACAGCAGCGGUACCCUGUUUAACUCUAACCUCCUGAUCGGGAACGAUGGCCGAAUACUAGUCCACCAUCGGAAACUCAUGCCAACCUUCUUUGAGAAACUGACCUGGAGUCCUGGCGACGGUCACGGGUUGCGAGUUGCCAACACCCCGUUUGGCAAGAUCGGUGCGCUCAUCUGCGGGGAGAACACGAAUCCGUUGGCUAGAUACGCGUUAAUGGCUCAAGGAGAGCAGGUCCAUAUCUCUACUUGGCCUGCUCUCUGGCCUACGAGAGGAAGACAAUCACCUCUACCUACGACCGGCGCGGGUGCUAACUAUGAUAACGUAGCCGCGAACAGGGUGAGGGCCGCCGCCCACUGUUUUGAAGCCAAAUGCUUUGGUGUUCUCUGCGCUGGGCAUUUGAACCAAAAGGCCAUGACAGCUUUUGCGGAGAUGUCUAAUGACCCGGAGUAUGUGUACCGCGUGUUGGAACGGUCACCUCGAGCAGCAUCAAUGGUCCUGGAUCCUACGGGUGCACUGAUGAAAGGGUUCACUGUCAAUGCCGAGUCCGGUGCGAUGGAAGAGACGCAGUAUUUGCAAAACGAGGAGGGUAUUCUGUAUGCCGACUUGGAUUUGGGGGAUUGCAUUGAGGGGAAGCAGUAUCAUGAUGUCGUGGGCGGCUACCAGAGAUUCGACGUUUUUAAUCUCAAAGUCGAUCGAAGCCGGAGGACUCCCGCAACAUUCACAGAAAAUUUCAAGGAGCAUGGAAAGUAA